AUGCUUGUCUCGUUAGAAGCAAAGCCCUGCCCAGCUUACCAGGACGCGCCACCCACACUCGACAUAUACCACGAGCUCUCCUCGACAAAGUUCCUGGGGACUUUGAGAACAAUGACCUCGCCCGUUGCUUACUCCCCGGUCCCGGCCCCGGCCACGCCGGUCGUCGAGAGCACAUCGGCGGCACAACCCAAGCCGCUGAACCCGGGGGUAUACCGCCCUGCCUCGCUGUCUCACCACUCCAUCUCGUCUAACGACGGGUCGUCUCCGCGCGUCGUUGCCAAAUUCAUCGUCAACACCGUUGCCGUAAUCCGCCUCCUGGCCAUAGGCUUCUCCAUCGCGCUGGUGGUUCUGCUCUUCAGCGACUACACGAAUCACAACCCCGGCGUCGGGUUCUUCAUAUUCCUGAUGUUCGCCCAGCUAUCCUGGCAGGCCUUUGCGCUGCUCAUGCAAGGCAGCCAUCGACGGAGGAGGAGUGAGCCAAAGAAGGAUCUGACCCUAGACCUCGGCUGCGUCAAGUGCAUCUUCGCGGGCCGGAGACGCGACAACCAAGAUGGCGGAGAUGGCGACGCGCUGCUCGGCUGGGUCCCGGGCGAUGCGGGCAAGAGACUUAGCCGGAGUGGUUUGAUUUACACCGCGUCCGACCUGUUAUUUGCCGUGCUCAUGUUUACUCUCGCCAUGAUCUCGGGAACCGACCCUUGGGCUUUGUUUUGGCAGCAGUCCUUGGCGAGGGCGGUUAGUGCUUUGGCGGGUGUCCUUACUGGUCUUGAGAUUAUUAUUGCGGUCGCGCAGCAGUUUACUAUUCUCAAGAGGGCCAAGAUCCAUGUGUCCUAUGAUGAAGAGGAGGAGGAUGAUAUCGCUUCCCCCAAGUACCGCAUCCGUCUCCCGCAGACCCCUGACAGAGCGCACCCUGCCAUGUCUGUUGCCGCGUGA